UCCCAUCAUCGUCAUAAUUUUCCUUACGUUCACUCAUAAAUUUCAUUUGUGUUUUAUCUGUCAUCAUCAUCAGACGUGAAAGUGAUUUGAAGAAGAAAAAUUCAUUCGUUAGAUUUCAACGCGUGGUGUGAUAAAAAAACUAUGAGAAAAUGUUCACGAAUUGGUUAACAUCGGAUACGCCAAUUAAGAGUAAUGAUUCAGUUAUUCCAAUGUCAUUACCACCAGACGUUUCUAUUGAAGUUGGCCCACCACCAUUCACAAGAUUUCCAGCACAUUCAACAAUUAUUUCAUCACAAAGUGGAUAUUUUCGUGCAGCGAUAAGUCGCGUCACUGAAGCAGGAAAACUGCAUGAAAAUACAAUUUUCCUACCGAAUAUUACAGUCGAACAUUUCACACCUUUAUUCAGUUACAUGUACACGGGAUUUCUGGAGUUAAACUUUGAAAAUAUUUUCGGUGUUUUACUCGCAACUCACAUUCUUCACAUGCCAAGAGCUUUGGAGAUUUGUCGUGAUUUUCUAGCACACACUCAAAGACAACAACAAAAUGAGUUUUAUAGUUCAGCAGUACCAGUUAUGGCGCCAACAUUGUUCAGUAAAGUCGUUCGACCGAUUGCAAGCAAACCAUCAAAUUUGGGAUUAAAUUUUGUGUCACCACCUAAAGCUCCCAGCAAUUUAUUAGUUCCAAGUCAUGGAACACCUUUCAAGACAUUAUCAAACAUUUCAAGUGAUGAAACAUUGCAAUUGGAACAAAAAUCUAUGAAAGAAUUCAAUUCUUUAGAAAAACCAACAGUUGAAGAUAAAAAAUUAAUUUCUCAAAAAUCAACAGCAAUUAAUCUAACAAAAGUGAAAAGCAUGGAAUAUUCAUCGACAGUGAACUCAAACUUAAACGCAACAACAAAUGAAAGUGAUAAAGUUGUUAUAGAUAUUGCAAGUUGUGACGGUCCCGUUCGUUUCCGACGGAUUUUAAAUGAAGCUUUUGAACAAAAUAUGAAAUCGACAGUUCCAGUAUCAACAACGACAACUGAAGAGUUAAGAGGAUUAAAGUAUCAAAGCUCAAAUGCUUUAUCAUUUCAUCAACAGAUGGCUCGAAAUAUUAAUGAACAAUAUAACAAGCAAAAGUGUUUUCCUUUACACAAUAACGAGGAAUCAGAAAAUUCUCAAUUGUCUGGUGAACUUUUUACAUGUGUUUAUUGCAAUCACACAUUCAAGUCAAAGUAUUGUUAUCAAAAACAUGCAAAACGUCACAUCAAUCCAUUAAAUUCAAUUUUAAAGUGUCGUGAUGAUUGUGAUUCAAGUGACGGUGAUGUUAAGCGAAUUACUGAACAAUCAACAGUGAUACCAGUCAAACGUGACUCUAUUAAACCAUUGGAUAUGAAUGUUCAAUAUUAUCCAUGUAAAACGUGCGGAUGUAAAUUUCCAAGCUACUAUUUCGUUCAUAAACAUCGGAAGUUAUGUCAUCCGGAAAUUGGUGAUGGAUCAAUACAACCAAUUCAAGAAGAAAAUGUUAUCAUUACAGAAGAUGGUUCGAGGAAGAAGGAUGAUAUUUAAGGCCGAAAAAGUCUCAUUCAAUUUGUUUUUUUUAUUGUAGAAAAUUUGAUUUA